CAAAUGGUUUGCUCAAUUAACCCAACGAAAGCAAGGACUCACUGAGAAAGAAACUUCAGCAUAUUUCCAUCCAAGACAAUCACCGCCUAAGAUUACCAAAGUCAAACAAGUUGAUUUCGAUGAGUCUGAGUUUGAAGAAGAAACUGAGAGUGAGUUCGAAAAGGAAGAACUCGAAGACCAUCUUUUUAGAUUCUUUGAAGAUGAAGGGAUUAUCUUCUGCUAUUUUUGUUACAAAGACAAAAUGUUAUCUGAAUUGUGUGAUGAAUCUAAUGUGAACUCUGAGACACUCCAAGAACUUGACAUUGAAGAAUUAUGGGAAGAUGAUCCUGAGAAAUUAGACAAGUUACUUGCAGGUUAUAAUGACCUCUUUGUGUGGACUUUUCAAGACUUAGGUCAUACCAACCUCAUCAUUCACCAUAUUUUUAUCGAUAACACCCCUUUUAUUAAACAAUAUUAUUAUCGCACAUCUCCUAAAAAGCAGGAAUUUUUAAAAAUGAAAAUUAAUAGGAUGCUUCAGAAAGGCCUUAUUCAACCUACUUAUAGCCCCUAG